GUGGAGAUGCUGGAGCGGAAGUACGGGGGUUCGUUUCUGAGCCGGCGGGCGGCCCGCACCAUCCAGACGGCGUUCCGCCAGUACCGCAUGAACAAGAAUUUCCAGCGGCUCCGCAGCUCGGCCUCCGAGAGCCGCAUGUCCCGCCGCAUCGUCCUCUCCAACAUGCGCAUGCAGUUCUCCUUCGAGGAAUUCGACAAGGGGCCGCCCGCCGCCCCCUACUUCGAGGGCAAGCCGGCCUCCCUGGACGAGGGCACCAUGGCCAGCGCCCGCCCCCACCUGCUGGAGCGCGGGGGGCUGCCCUACGGGGGCUCCUGCCGGGCCGGCCUGGACAGCGGCUCGCUCCACGCCUCCUCCGGCGACUUCUGCAGCGAGAUCACCGAGCUGGAGGACUCCUUCGCCAAGCAGGUGAAGUCCCUGGCGGAGUCGAUCGACGAGGCCCUGAACUGCCACCCGCUGCCGGCGCCGGAGGGGGGGGGCCCCGGCCCGCUGGAGAAGAGCGAGUCGAAGGAGCAGCAGGGGGACAGCGCGGCCACCUCCUUCAGCGACGUCACCCUGUACCUGGACGAGGGGGUGCCGGCCUCCCCCCUCUCCCUGGAGCGGCCCCCCAGCUUGGAGCCCCCCGAGCCCGGCCCCCCGGCAGCCCAGCCCCGGCCCGAGUUCUGGGGGGCCCCGCCGCGGGAGGACAGCCGGGAGAACGGGGCCGGCCGGCGCGGGCCCCCCUGCCUGGAGUGCCGAGACUUCCGCCUGCGGGGGGCCCACCUGCCCCUGCUCACCAUCGAACCCCCCAGCGACAGCUCGGUGGACCUGAGCGACCGCUCCGAGCGCAGCUCGGUCCACCGGGGCCUGGCCUACGAGCCAGACAGCUGUGGGGGCCCCAAGCACCCGCCGGCCCCCCCGCCCCCGGCCCCCUCGCCCCACCCCCUGCGCCACUACCGCCCCGAGCCCGCCCCGCCCCCGCCCCCGCCGCCCGCACGCCUGGGUCCCGAGCACUCGGACGGCGACAACGACAGCCUGCAGAGCAGCAGCAACUCCAACGAGACCCUCAACUGCAGCUCCGGCUCCUCCUCCCGGGACAGCCUGCGGGGCCCCCCCGGCCCGGGCCUGUGCAAGCAGACGUACCAGCGGGAGACCCGCCACAGCUGGGACUCGCCCGCCUUCAACCACGACCUGCUGCAGCGGCGCCAGUACCGCAUCGGCCUCAACCUCUUCAACAAGAAGCCGGAGAAGGGGAUCCAAUACCUCAUCGAGAGAGGGUUCCUCUCGGACACGCCGGUCGGGGUCGCUCACUUCAUCCUGGAGCGCAAGGGCCUGAGCCGGCAGAUGAUUGGCGAGUUUCUCGGCAACCGGCAGAAGCAGUUCAACCGUGACGUUCUCGACUGCGUGGUGGAUGAGAUGGAUUUCUCCAACAUGGACCUGGACGACGCUCUGCGGAAGUUCCAGUCGCACAUCCGGGUGCAGGGGGAAGCGCAGAAAGUCGAGCGUCUCAUCGAAGCCUUCAGCCAGCGCUACUGUGUCUGCAAUGCCCCGCUCGUGCGCCAGUUUCGGAACCCGGACACCAUCUUCAUCCUGGCCUUCGCCAUCAUCCUCCUCAACACCGACAUGUACAGCCCCAGCGUCAAGCCCGAGAGGAAGAUGAAGCUCGAUGACUUCAUCAAGAACCUCAGAGGGGUGGAUAACGGGCAGGACAUCCCCCGCGACCUCCUGGUGGGGAUCUACCAACGCAUCCAGAGCCGUGAGCUACGAACGAACGACGACCACGUCUCCCAGGUCCAGACCGUCGAGCGCAUGAUCGUGGGGAAGAAGCCGGUGCUGUCCCUGCCCCACCGUCGCCUGGUCUGCUGCUGCCAGCUCUAUGAGGUGCCCGACCCCAACCGGCCCCAGCGGCUCGGCCUGCACCAGAGAGAGGUCUUCCUCUUCAACGACCUGCUGGUGGUGACGAAGAUCUUCCAGAAGAAGAAGAUCCUGGUGACGUACAACUUCCGCCAGAGCUUCCCGCUGGUGGAAAUGCAGAUGCAGCUGUUCCAGAACUCCUAUUACCAGUUCGGGAUCAAGCUCCUGUCGGCCGUGCCGGGCGGGGAGCGGAAGGUGCUGAUCGUCUUCAACGCCCCCAGCCUGCAGGACCGGCUCCGCUUCACCACCGACCUGCGGGAGUCCAUCGCCGAGGUGCAGGAGAUGGAGAAAUACCGCGUGGAGUCGGAGCUGGAGAAGCAGAAGGGGGUGAUGCGCCCCAGUGCCUCGCCGGCGGGGGGCCCGAAGGAGGCGGUGAACGGGACGCUGACGCGGAGCAGCCUGGAGGACACCUAUGGGCUGGGCGACGGGCUGAAGCGAAGCGCCCUGAGCAGCUCCCUGCGCGACCUCUCCGACGCCGGCAAGCGGGGCCGUCGUAACAGCGUGGGAUCCCUGGACAGCACCAUCGAAGGGUCUAUCAUUAGCAGCCCCCGCCCCCACCAGCGCAUGCCCCCGCCCCCCCCCCUGGAGGAGUACAAGGCCCAGCCCCGCCCCAUCUCCAACUCCUCCUCCUUCCUGGGCUCCCUCUUCGGCAGCAAGCGGGGCCGGGCCCCCUUCCCACUGCCCCCCAGCCAGGCCUCGGUCCCCUCCGCCCACCCCCCACACCCGCUGCCCCUGUCCCCCGACGGCCCCUCCAAGCUGCAGGCCCUCCAUGCCCAGUACUGCCACGUGGCCCCGCCCCCCUACCCCCAGCAGCCCCCGCCCCCCCCAGCAGCCGGCUCCGCCCCCUCCGCUGCCCCCCGUGGCUGCCGCCCCGCCCCCCCCGCUUCCACAUGUCCUCCCAGCCCCCGCUCUCAGCGCCCCCCCCAGAAGCAGACGCCGCCGGCCUUCCCCCUGGUGCACCAGCAUUACACCCUCCAGCGGCCCGGGCACCAGAGCCCGGCCCCCCAGCCCUCCCACACCUACCCCCAGCACCUGCCCCAGGGGGGUGGGGGGCAGCACACCCUCCACCGCCAGCCCCCCAAGCACUUUGUCUUCAGCCACCACCCCCAGCUGGGGCAGCGCGGGGGGGGCGCACCGCCGCCGGCCCCCCACCACGGCCCCGCCCACCACCACCACGGCCCCACCCCCCACUCGCCCAUCCCCCCCCACCCCUCCUACCCGCCCCUGCCCCCGCCGUCGCCCCACACCCCGCUCAGCCCGCACUCCCCCGGGGCCCCCACCUCCCCGCUCCCCCAGCAUGCCCCCCUGCACCCGGGAGGUCCCCAGGUUCUGCCGGGACAGGGCAACCCCAACCCAAAAUCCAAGCCGGUCAAUAGAAUUAGCACCGUGGUCUGA